AUGACCUCUACACAUUUUAAGACAUUUGGAAACCAAUCCAGGAUUGAUGAGUUCAUCAUUUUGGGCUUCACCAACUUUUCUGUGAAACUUCAGCUAUUUCUCUUCAUUCUCUUUCUUUUCAUAUACAUCUUUACCAUACUAGGCAAUCUCAUAAUUAUCACUGUUGCCACAUUAGACUCCAUACUUCAUACACCUAUGUAUUAUUUCCUUCGCAACCUCUCCUUCCUUGAAAUUUGCUAUAUUACAGUAACUCUUCCCAAGUUGCUCAACACAUUUGUAGAUAAGAGAAAGACCAUUACUUUCCAAGGGUGCUGCACCCAGAUGUACUGUUUUUUCACACUUGGUGUAACCGAGUGUUUCCUCCUGGCAGUUAUGGCUUAUGACCGGUAUGUAGCCAUCUGCAAUCCUUUGAGAUAUUUUUCUGUCAUGAAUAAAACUACUUGCCUCCGACUGGCUUCUCUCUCUUGGGUUUCAGGCAACCUUAUCUCCCUUGGCCAGACAGCCUCAAUCUUUAGUCUUCCAUAUUGUGGUCCCAAUAUCAUUAAUCAUUUUUUCUGUGACAUCCCUCCUUUACUCAAACUGGCCUGUACUGAUGUUUCUGUUAAUGAAAUUUCUGUUUCAGUCACUGGAUUCCUGGUACUCCCCCUCCCCUUUGCAUUGGUUCUUUACUCCUAUGGACGUAUCAUCGGGGCAAUAUUGCGCAUCAGCACUAGCACUGGCCGUAAGAAGGUUUUCUCUACCUGUGCCUCACACUUUGUCUCUGUCACAUUAUUCUUUGGAACAGGAGCAUUCACUUAUGUGCGGGUAAAGGCAAGUGACAAUUCUGAUAAUGACAAACUGUUGUCUCUUCUCUAUAGUGUAGUGACUCCUCUUUUGAACCCCCUUAUAUACAGCUUAAGGAAUCAGGAGGUAAAAGGGGGUCUCAGAAAACUCUUGAAACAAAAUGAUGGUGUCAGGGAUAAAUCAGGCUAA